AAAUGCGCACCUGGUCCACCUCCUGAAAAUUUUCUGUCUGUGAAUUUGGAUAUUCUGUUUUUUACUGUCUGAAUCUGCGUUACAAGCGGAUGUGAUUGCUGGUCCUCAGUGGAACUAGAGUUUUAUCAGUGCGCUUUAGUUGAAGCUCCUCAGCCUUGUGUCUGUAGACUGAUGGCGACGUCGGCGGCUCCUUCCUCCUGCGGCGGCGGCGGCGGCGGCGGCGAGCCCAGCCCUAACAUGCCUAAUUUACGGCCACCUGCGUCAAGUUAUGACUGGAGUGGAGUGGCACAUGGAUGUACGAAGAAGCUCGGGAUGAAAAUCUGUGGAUUUCUACAGAAAAACAAUAAUCUCGAUGAGAAGAGUCAGAUUGUAGCUUCGCUGAAUGAACAGCAGUCACCAAAAAAGCUCGGUUUACAAGAUCCCCGCUUCAGCCGCAUUGAGGCCGACUUCUCCAACCUGUAUGCCAGAGAUUUGCUGCCUGCUAAGAAUGGUGAGGAGCCUACGAUCCAGUUCCUCUUGGAGGUGGUGGAAAUUCUCACUAACUAUGUGCGGAAGACAUUUGACAGAUCCACCAAAGUGCUGGACUUUCAUCACCCACACCAGCUGCUAGAGGGCAUAGAGGGUUUCAACCUCGAUCUCUCAGACCAGCCUGAGAGUCUUGAGCAGAUUCUAGUGGACUGUAGAGACACCCUCAAAUAUGGUGUCAGGACAGGUCAUCCCAGGUUUUUUAAUCAGCUGUCCACUGGGCUGGACAUCAUUGGCUUGGCUGGGGAGUGGCUUACUUCAACUGCAAAUACUAAUAUGUUUACAUAUGAAAUUGCACCAGUGUUUGUGUUAAUGGAACAGCUGACUCUGAAGAAAAUGAGGGAGAUUGUUGGUUGGUCAAAUGGUGAAGGAGAUGGAAUAUUCUCUCCAGGAGGAGCAAUCUCCAACAUGUACAGUGUGAUGGUAGCUCGGUAUAAGCAUUUCCCUGAGGUGAAGACUAAAGGCAUGAAUGCAGUGCCCAGACUCAUUCUGUUUACCUCUGAAUGUAGUCACUACUCCAUAAAGAAAGCCAGUGCCGCUCUUGGCUUUGGGACAGAGAACCUGAUUCUGCUGAGUACAGAUGAGCGAGGUAGAGUCAUUCCUGCUGAUCUGGAGGCCAAAGUCAUUGAUGCCAAACGGAAGGGCUACGUUCCUCUUUUUGUGAAUGCCACAGCUGGCACUACAGUAUAUGGUGCGUUUGAUCCCAUCAAUGAAAUUGCAGACAUCUGUGAGAAAUAUAACAUGUGGCUCCAUGUGGAUGGUGCAUGGGGAGGUGGACUACUGAUGUCCAGAAAGCACAGACACAAGCUCAACGGCAUUGAGAGGGCAAAUUCUGUAACAUGGAAUCCACACAAGAUGAUGGGUGUUCCGCUGCAGUGCUCUGCCAUUCUGGUCAGAGAGAAGGGACUUUUGCAGGGCUGCAAUUCAAUGUCUGCUGGCUACCUUUUUCAGCCUGAUAAACAGUACGAUGUCACCUAUGAUACUGGAGACAAGGCUAUUCAGUGUGGACGACAUGUGGACAUCUUUAAAUUUUGGCUCAUGUGGAAAGCAAAGGGUACCAUUGGGUUUGAGAAGCAUGUAGACCGAUGUCUGGAGCUCUCAGAAUAUCUCUAUAAUAAGAUCAAAAACAGAGAGGGCUUUGAAAUGGUUUUUCAAGGACAGCCACAACACACUAAUGUGUGCUUCUGGUACAUUCCACCAAGUCUGCGUGGUAUGUCAGAUGGGGAGGAGAGGAGGCAAAGACUCCAUAAGGUGGCACCCAAAAUCAAGGCCUUGAUGAUGGAGUGUGGCUCCACAAUGGUGGGCUACCAGCCUCAAGGAGACAAAGUCAACUUCUUCAGGAUGGUUAUUUCCAACUCCGCUGCCACCAAGUCAGAUAUUGACUUUCUGAUUGAUGAGAUUGAAAAACUGGGUCAGGAUUUAUAAAUGGAAAGCAAGAACAGUAAACUGGUCAGUAAACCAAGAACAAUGAUAACUGGCCCUUCAGAAUUACAAAGCAUUUCACCAGGCAUUAGCAUGAGUUCUGUUUAAUAACUGAGCAAAGGUUUAU